AUGGAUGAAUCAAACCUAACAAGCAUACUGAACAUUUCAUCGUUGCGUAUCCGUGAAGUGACCACGACCUCGGCAGCGGUUGUGGUACGAAAUGCCACAGUCACCAAUGCAUACGAGUGGCGGUUUAUAUUGCCACCGUAUUUUUUAAUAUUCAUGCUCUCCAUAUCUGGCAACUGUAUGGUCAUUGCCACCCUUACCAGCAACAGAAGGAUGCGAACAGUGACAAAUGUUUAUUUGCUAAAUUUAGCAAUAUCUGAUUUUCUACUUGGAGUAUUCUGUCUUCCGUUCACGUUGGUCGGUCAAAUCUACAGGAGGUUCUUGUUUGGAGCAUUUAUGUGCAAGCUGAUACCUUUCUUGCAAGCCGUAUCCGUAUCAGUCGAUGUAUGGACUUUGGUGGCCAUAUCCCUGGAAAGGUACUUCGCUAUCUGCCGUCCGCUCAAGUCAAGGAAAUGGCAGACACAGUGCCAUGCAUACAAGAUGAUCGCAACUGUAUGGAUCUUGUCAGUGACGGUCAACUCACCCAUAUUGAUAGUUUCGACUUUACAACCAAUGAGAGGGAAUGCGUUCAAGUGUCGAGAAGUAUGGACGAGCUUAGAACUGGAAAGAGCUUUCAACAUCGGUCUGGAUGCUGCACUACUGCUGAUACCUUUUUUCAUUAUGUCCUUUGCAUAUUCCCUUAUAGUCACCAAACUAUGGAGAGGAAUGAGGCAUGAAAUAGAACACAACUUUAAUUGGCAAAAAAAUUUAACGAGACAAAAUAGUCAAAAAAGACAAGAUGGAAAUAAUCACUUAAUACCUACAACACCUGUUAUACAAAACAAUUCCGAUGUAUGCUGUAAAAAUUGGAAUUUGAAAAAGGAAAACGAAGGUGUCUCGGAGGAAUCAAAAUCUACACAAUCCUAUUGUAUGCAUACUGUGGAUAUGGAAUUCAGACACGUUGUUAGGUCAACACAUAUUGAUAAAAGUAUAGAAGCUAAAAGAAAAGUAAUACGAAUGCUGUUCGUUAUAAUAAUGGAGUUUUUCGUCUGUUGGACACCACUCCAUGUUAUAAAUACUAUUUACCUGUUCUACCCAGACGAAUUGUACCAAUACAUUGGGUCCAAAGGGGUGGUGUGCCUCCAACUAUUGGCGUACUGCGCAUCAUGUUGCAAUCCCAUAACUUAUUGCUUCAUGAAUAGAAAGUUCCGACAGGCCUUUAUAACUUUAAUCAAGAAUUGCAGGUUGUUCAGGGGUUGUUUCAAUGAGAAGUCCAACGAUAAGCCGGCCACUCCGCCGCCUUCAAGUCAGGAGGUUACAGCUUGUAUUGUGAGAGGCAGUCAGACCGGACGCACAGAGCUAGAUGGCCUGGAGGGAGAGGAUUGUGUUUAG